GCUAGUGCCGGCAUCCAGCGCCCCGCCGCAGCCAUGCGCCCCUCGGCCAAGCGCCCAUGCCUCGGCCCCGCCGCGCCCGACUCGCUCAACAGCAGCUUCCAGAAGCGGCUCACGAAGGUGUCCAUUGAGGGGAACAUCGCCGCGGGGAAAUCCACCUUCGUCCGCUUGCUGGAGAAGUACAGCGAGGAGUGGGAAGUGAUCCCCGAGCCCAUCGCCAAGUGGUGCAAUGUCCAGAGCACUGACACUGAGUACAAGGAGCUUACCUCAUCUCAGAAGAAUGGAGGGAACCUACUUGGCAUGCUGUAUGACAAGCCAACAAGAUGGGCUUACACCUUUCAGACUUUUGCCUGUUUGAGCAGGGUCAAGGCACAGCUGAAGGCCGCCUCCGCCAAACUGCAGGAAGCUGAGCACCCGGUGCAGUUUUACGAGAGAUCAGUGUUCAGUGACCGGUACGUGUUUGCUUCCAAUCUGUUUGAGUCUGGAUGCAUCAAUGAAACAGAAUGGGCCAUUUAUCAGGACUUGCAUACAUGGUUUCUGACUACCUUUGAAUCAUAUAUGCAGCUGGAUGGCAUCAUCUACCUAAGAACCACACCAGAGAAGUGCAUGGAAAGACUACAAAUUCGAGGCAGAGAAGAGGAACAAGGAAUUGAGCUGGAGUAUUUGGAAAGCCUCCACCAUAAACAUGAAACCUGGCUUCAUGAGAGGACUAUGAAGGUGGAUUUUGACAACCUCAGAGAGAUGCCCAUUUUGGUCUUGGAUGUUAAUGAAGACUUUAAAAAUGAUAAGAUUAAACAAGAGGACUUGAUCGAUAAGGUCAAGGCUUUCCUGAAGUCCUAACCGCUGGGAGAUGCCCCCACCUGCGUGUGUCGUACAUACACGCGAUGCUCCGCGCUCCCCGCACCGCGCCAGCUUGGCCCCCGGUUGUUUUUAAUAAAGAUUUGCAAGCCA